AUGGCAUCCAGAAAGGUGGUGGAGUUGUUCUACGAUGUGGUGUCUCCGUACUCCUGGCUGGGCUUUGAGGUUAUGUGUCGUUAUAGACAUAUUUGGAACAUCGAGCUGAAACUGUGUCCAGCUUUUUUGGGGGCCGUCAUGCAGAAAUCAGGCAACAGGCCUCCUGGUAUGGUUCCUAACAAGUUUAAGUAUAUGGGCAAGGACCUCAGCCGCUUGGCAGAAUACUUUGAUGUCCCUUUAAAGCCCCCAUCAGACCCGUUUGAGGUCAUGUUCGAAAAAGGCUCCAUGUCCGCAAUGCGAUUAGUGACGGCAGUGCAAGAGAGGGAGACCGGUGGAGACAAGCAGGUGGAGCAGGUUUCUCGUGAGCUGUGGAGACGGAUCUGGAGUGAAGAUAAAGACAUUACCCAGCCUGAAUCCCUGUCAGAGGCAGCAAAGAAAGCCGGACUGUCUGAUGGAGAUGUGCAAGAAAUACUACAGAUGUAUACGUCACAGCCGAUUAAAGACAAGCUUAAAAACACAACAGAGCAUGCACUUAGUUAUGGGGCAUUUGGCUUCCCCAUGAUUGUGUGUCAUAUUGAUGGAAAGCCAGAAGUAUUUUUUGGGUCUGACAGAUUUGAGCUCAUGGCCCACUGCAUUGGGGAGAAGUGGCUGGGACCUCAACCCGAUAAAUCAGCUGCCAAGCUGUGAGGCGUGAAUCAUUCAUCUCACAAACUCUGAUGCUGUCCUCUUUUUCUGUCACACUUCAAAUCCGAGAUGUGUCUGAGGGCAAAAAAAAGCUGGUAAUCUUUGAUAAACUUAUGUUUAAUUAAUUAAUGCUGUUAAUGCUACACUAAGGACGAAAACAUUGGCCACAAUACACCUUAUAGUAUUUCUUUUGAAAUAAAGUAGUAUAAAAUGAAUAUAUCAUGUUUGUUUUUGAAGGCUUUCACUCAAUUUGCAUUCAAAAAAUUAUUGUUUUUGGAAGAACUGUUUUUCUUUUUUAAUCACCUCAUGACAUUUUCUAAAGAUUUGCAUUUAACAUCCUUCAAAAUUAACUCCUGUUUGCAAACAUGGUGAUGAAUCACAUCAACCAGAUCUUUUUUUUUUUUUUUUUUCUCAUGGUAAAAUGUGUGUUUUAUAUCACUUUGAUUGUUUGUAAAACCUGUUGUGCCUAAAUGUUUGUGAAUGAUUCAAGUAGUUUGUGUGCCUACUUUAACCAAAUAAAAAAUACAGAAAGAGAA